CCCUGCUAUCUAUCUCUCUCGCCGCCGCCCACUUGUCCGGAGGAAGAGAAGAGGGACCAUACCACCAUACCACCAUCCCGUCCCAUCCCAUCCCAUCCCGGCCUUUUGCCCAGCUGCCGGUGACACCGCCCGUGAGAUCGCGGGGGCCAGAGAUAAGACCCUUGUUCACCAGUCCAAUGAAUGCGUUCACUCGAGUUGCCUUCCACGAGGUCGAGCCCUCGGCAUGACUCCGGGGUCGGUGCUGGUGCUCCGCCCUUUUGGCCACCAUAUAUCCUGCCUCUUUCUUCCCAUCUUCUCGAUGUUUUUUGUUCCCUCUCUCUUCGUUUCAGGUCCAACCGCUCUUGACUUCUCAUCCCUUCCUCCUCGUCUUCUCAACUGAAGUCAGACCAGCUCAACCCGGUCCAACCCUCUCCUCCUCGUGUGUGUGUGUGUGCGCGUGCCAUUCUAGUUGGACCACCGCCACCAUAACCUCUUCUCACCAACUCACAACAACAACAACAACAACACAACAACCAACUGUGUUGUGACAAAAGCUCGGUCAGACUCGGUCAAGACUCCAGUCCGUCACCCCUCCGUCAUAUAUAUCCAUAACAAGGACCCACGCCACACUUCAACCGGGAGAAGCAACAAAAAAGAAAUCACAGCAAAAAGUCAACCCACACCCCCACAAACACCAAUCUCCACCACCCAUCAUGGAUCACGAUCAGAUCAGACAGAACCAACCCGCCGGCGCCGAGUACAAGGACAGCAAGUCCGAGGGCGCCGCCGUGGCCCCCCAGUUCUCCCGCGAUGCCGUCUUCCCCGGUGAGGUCGUCGGCGAGGUCACCGACCUCAACCGCCAGGACCUCGAGAAGCAAAAGGCCGCCCAGGGCAGCGCCCACUUCCACCGCCUCGGCUGGAAGCGCCUUACCGUCGUCCUCAUCGUCGAGGCCAUCGCCCUCGGCAGCCUGAGUCUCCCGGCCGCUUUCGCCACCCUCGGCAUGGUCGCCGGCGUCAUCCUCUGCAUCGCCCUCGGCAUGGUCGCCAUCUACACCAGCAACGUCGUCGGCCAGGUCAAGAUCAAGUUCCCCCACGUCUCCCACUACGCCGACGCCGGCCACCUCAUGUUCGGCCGCCUCGGCUACGAGAUCAUCGGCGUCAUGUUCGCCCUGCAGUUGACCUUCCUCGUCAGCUCCCACGUCCUCACCGGCGCCAUCGCCCUCGGUAACAUCACAAACGACGGCGCCUGCUCCAUCGUCUUUGCCGUCGUCUCCGCCAUCAUCCUGCUGCUGCUGGCCAUCCCCCCGUCCUUCGCCGAGGUCGCCAUCCUGGGCUACAUCGACUUCGUCUCCAUCAUCCUCGCCAUCGGCAUCACCAUCAUCGCUACCGGCAUCAACAAGGACUCCAUCACCACCGCCGCCUGGUCCGCCUGGCCCAAGGAGGGCAUCACCUUCGCCGAGGCCUUCAUCGCCAUCACCAACAUCGUCUUCGCCUACUCCUUCGCCAUCUGCCAGUUCUCCUUCAUGGACGAGAUGCACACCCCCCAGGACUACGUCAAGUCCAUCUGGGCUCUCGGUCUGAUUGAGAUCUUCAUCUACACCCUCACUGGCGCCCUCAUCUACGCCUUUGUCGGCCAGGACGUCCACUCCCCCGCCCUGCUGUCCGCCGGCAACCUCAUCUCCAAGAUCGCCUUCGGCGUCGCCCUGCCCGUCAUCUUCAUCUCGGGCUCCAUCAACACCACUGUCGUCGGCCGCUACAUCCACGGCCGCGUCUACAAGGACUCCAUCAUCCGCUUCAUCAACACCAAGAUGGGCUGGAUCACCUGGCUGGUGCUCAUCACCGUCAUCACCGUCAUCGCCUUCAUCAUCGCCGAGGCCAUCCCCUUCUUCUCCGAGCUGCUGUCAAUCAGCUCCUCGCUCUUCAUCUCCGGCUUCACCUUUUACUUCCCGGCCCUGAUGUGGUUCAUGCUCAUCCGCGACGGCUCCCCCUUUGCCAAGCACAACCUGACCAAGACGGCGCUCAACGGCCUUGCCUUUGUCAUCGGUGUCGUUGUCCUCGUGUGCGGUACCUACGCCAGUAUCGUCGAGAUUGAGCUCAAGUUCAGGACUGGAAAGAUCAACAGCCCCUUCACCUGUGCCCCUCUUGGCUAGAUGAUGCCGCGAGCGUGGAGUUUGUAGUAGUUUUUAGUAGUUCAGAUGAUAAUAAUACCCCUUCCGUUAUCAGGAACACCCACAGUUUCGUUUUGCC